AUGGAGAAACUACCAGAGGAUUUGAGAAAUCAAAUUACAAAGUCAAUUUAAUUAAAAAUCCUAAAUUAGAUAACUUUUCUCAAAGAUUUAUUUUCAACUUAAGCAGUGACUGAUAUCUCAAGGUAUCUGGAAACCUAAUACUUAGCAUCUAAUGAUAUAGUUUUCGAAUAAAAUGAAUAUAGUGACUCUAGUUUGUAUUUUAUUUUGAAUAAAGUAGAUAUUUCGUCCAAUCAGGAUAGAUAAUCUUAUUCGAAGAGAGAUCUAAUAAAACUUUAGCAACACUAAAAAAAGGUGAUAAAUUUGGAGAAUUCUCUUUUUUUACCGGACUCUAUCCUAAAUGUUCUGCAAAGUGUUUAAAUGAUGCAGUGCUCUAUAAAAUAUAGAGAGACAAAUUCUUAGAAAUCAUUCAAUAUUAUUAAAAAGAUUUUCAAAGAUUCCAUAACAUUAAAGAUUAAAUACUACUAAAUUCUGAUUAUUCAAAGUGUAUCUCAAGUUGCUAGAAUUGCAGAUAAUUCACUCAUUAAAUCAUAGAUUGUCCAUCCUUCUAAUAUAAACCAAAUUUAGAAAAAAGAAUAAAAGCAGCAGCUUUUAAGGAGAAUGAAAAUUCAAGAAUUUUUAAAAAAAGACAAUUUAAUAAAUCUAAUUGCAGAAAACUCUGCAAAAACAUUGAGUUAUCAGUUAAAGCUUUUUAAGAUGAAAAUGAAUCUAAAGUUCAAAUAUCUGAUUAUUUAUCUGGUUAUUUGUACAAAACCACUUAUGAAGAGAAAGAUAAAUACAACUCUGACGAACCAAAAUCUAGGAUUAUCAUAGCUGAGUAAGACCAUGUUCAACCUACGCCUUUAGUUUCAACUAAUAUGCUUUAAUAGAAGAGGCACUAAACGCAAUUUAGACCUUCUAUCGUUGCUUAAAUGCCCAAAUAAAGAAAGUCAAUACUUUAGUAAGAGCUCAAAUCUCAAAAUUAAUUGUUAAAUAACUCUUUCAAUUCUUCAUCAUUCAACAAACUUUAAUCUGAUUUACUAUUAGUCUCAUCUCACCAAACUAGUAUGCAUAUUGAUCAGAUGAUGAAUUAUAAGGAUUAUAUGCCUUAAAAUAAUAUUUCAGCGAUAAUCAUAUAAAUUGAGAAAAUCCCAAAAGGAUCAUCAAAACGAAGACAAAGAGAGCUAGAAUAUUUAAGUAAAUACUCAUUCUUUUAUUAUGUGAAAACCAUGAUAAUUAAAAUAAGAAGAGUUUAGCGUAAAAUGGCAUAGUAAUGGUGA